AUGGAAGAAGAAAUCAAGGUGCUUGAAAAGAACUAUACUUGGGAUCUUGUUCCUCUACCAGACGAAAAGAAACUGGUAGGUUGUAAAUGGAUCUACAAAAUAAAGUUCAAGAGCAAUGGAGAAGUGGAGCGAUAUAAGGCUCACCUCGUUGCAAAGGGCUUCACUGAGACAGAAGGAAUCGAUUACAAUGAAACCUUUGCCCCGGUAGCAAAAAUGAUCACAGUGAGAACUCUUCUUGCAGUUGCACCUACAAAAAGCCGAUUUCAAGCCAUCGUCUUCCGAAUCCAAGGCCUUUAUGAUAUUGGGGAGCUCGCGCUUUGGUGGAUCUCGUCGACAAAGAGGCUUUUGAUGGCAAAGAUCAAGCUACAGAGGACCCUGAGGCCAUCGGCGGAGCCCAAUUCCACCUGGGCCAUCGCCAUCGGGCUCAUCACCACCUGA